AUCUGAGCCCUAUAAGUCAUUCCGGAUAACUCAGUCCAGCAGUCAGGACACAGGCAUCACCCCAGCUGAUAGUCACCUCCACUUUCCUAUCUGCUGAAAACAUGGAUUUCCUGAGAUUUCCUGUGGUCUUCUUGUUGGCUGUCUUGCAGUGGCAGGCGGACUGCAACGUUUUACCAACCUCAGCAGUUCCACAAUGUCCACCAGACCAUCAUUAUGGAAUAAUUGGAGGAUGUGAUCUAAGAUGUGACUCUGUGGACCUUGGAACUAUUUGCCUACCUUAUGCAUAUUGGGGCUGUAGAUGCAAUGAAGGGCUAAUGCCACAGAGCGGAACCGAUGAAUGUGUUAAGCCAGAAGAUUGCAACGCAAAAUGCGGACCUAAUAAGCACUAUGAACCUUGUGGAUCAAACUGUCAACCUGAAUGUGGCAACCCAGAUGUCCCUACAGACUGUGGAUGUUCUCCAAGAUGUGUCUGUGAUGAAGGCUACAUAUUAUCUGGUUUUGAGUGUGUGAAGAAAACUGAUUGUCCUACUGAUCCCAACUCUAAUUAGCCAUAGCUUGUUGGCAGGUCUGUAGUCAUGGACCACUAGACAAUGAGCUUUUAGGUUGGGCUCUGUAGCCAAGACCAGAAAGUUUCAUAUAACAAUGUUCCCAUAAUAUUCAGUGUGCAAGUUACUCUGUUUCUCACAUGAUACAUGAUUGAAUCUUAAAUUAUGUUAUAAUUUAAUCAAGGAUUCUGAUUCCAUUAUAUGCAACAAUAAAAACUGACUGAUGAUAGA